AACAUAAAUAUUAUUACCAGAUGAAUAGUAAACUACAUACAAUGUUCAUGUUUCUCAUAAUAUUACAGUAUAAUUUUAACAAGAUCAUGUUAAGAGCGGCUAAAAACCAAUGCACUAUGAUGCUGUAUACAGAUAGUACAGUAGUUGUGUACCGCCUGCCCAGUGAAGGACGAAAAUAAACAACAGAUGCAGAUAAAAGUGAUAAAACGUCAAAAGUUUGCCGUCUUAUUUGAGUUAGGUUAGUUCGUCCGGUGUAUUCGUAUUGUAUAAAAUUUCUUGCAACAAUGUUACUGAAGCUUCUUUCUGUAUCGAAAAGAGGUAUUUUUAAUAAGAUUAACAAUGUGAAGUAUUUAUCAUACACUCAAGGCCAAUAUAUAGAUAAAAAGACUAGAGAAUACUUUUAUUACAUUGACCAUCAGGGAAUGCUGUUUCUUGACGAUGCUAGAAUGAAAAACUUUACAUCAUGUUUUAAAGACAAAAAAUUUCUUGCAUUCUUCUUCAAACGUUUGAGAGAGAACAAGACAGGCCGUUACGAAGAAGAGUUUCCCUUUAUAUCUCCAUGUGGACGGGAGAUAAACUUCAUCAAGUGCGAUGACCGUCCGGUUGUCUUCACGCACUUGACUGAGAAGGAUGGAAAUCCUAUUUUCUGCUAUGGACAUGUCGACGAGCUGUUUGUACCGUUUCAACCGGACUUUGUAUACAUGGAACCAGCCAACGGUAGAGUGUACCAUCCGGCACCUCCGGCUUCCGGUCACGUUGGCCUUGUGUGUUCCAAGCUUGCCAUCGAAUUCAGCAAGGAUUUCGAGUUCACUGCUGGCCAGGAUUCUCCUCCCACACACUUCACGUUCAGAGGAAAGAAGUACCAGCUUGACCAGGAAUGGUUAGAAAACACAAAGGUUGGCCAAAGGAGCACAUCAGAGAGCUGACAACUCGGCAACGUUACAAGCUGUAAAUGAUCUAUUUCAAACUACUGUGAUAUUUGUGUUAAAAAUAGCAUUAGGAUAAUCAGUUUUUGCAGACGAAAUGUUAUUGCAAUUUUAUUAUAAAGAAUUUUCAAAUACUAGAGAAAUAAAGAUAUGUUUUCUUUCUUA